UAAAGCAAAUCGUCCGACCUGCAAGUGACUAGCUAGAGUGAAGGCCUAAAGAUUAAAAUUGAUAGACGAUGAGAGUAGGAGUAUUACAACGCACUUUCAAUUAGUUGACAGUAUAGAAGUCAUUUUCAGGAUGAUCAUAGACAAUGUGGAAGCUCUCAAGUCUUGGCUGGCAAAACUCCUGGAGCCAAUAUGCGAUGCUGACCCGUCUGCUUUAGCCAAUUACGUUGUUGCAUUAGUCAAGAAAGACAAGCCAGAGAAGGAGCUGAAAGCACUUUGUGCCGAUCAACUAGACGUGUUCUUACAAAAAGAGACCACUGGGUUUGUAGAUAAGCUCUUUGAAUGUCUAACGACCAAAAACUACCUGGGGAACCUGAUGAAGGAGCCUGCUAAGGAAGAGGUUAAGCCGGCUGUGGUCAAGGCAGAGGUGCCCGAGGUGGACCAUGCAGAGGAGGACAGGGACACCCGCAGGAGGAGAAGUCCUCUAAGGAACCGCUCUGACUUCAACGAGUCCAGGGGUAGGGAGGACCGCAGGCGAGAGGAGCGCAAGCGGCGCGAGGUGGAGCGCCACGGGAAGACCGGAGGAGGAGGUGGGGGGGAGUCCCACCGGGAACGCCACGACAGAAGGAGGGGCAGCCCUCGGGGGCGGAGCUACAGCCGCAGCAGGAGCCGGAGUGGGAGCAGAGGGAAGAGCCGUGACACGGAGCACAACAGAGGGAGAGAUUACAGGUCAAAGUUCGAGGUGGAGAGGAAGGACCCUGACAGCUACAGCAACUCUUCUGGGUCCCUCGGCCCCGCCCCCCAGCAGCCCCCUCUCCACCCGCCCCCCCUCCUCCCCCUGCCCACACCACAGCACCCCUUCCCCCCCCCUGUCUCUGGGGGCCCCCCCGCCCCCCCCAGCAACGUCGCCGUGGCGGCUCCCGCUCACCUGCCCGACAGCACCACGGAGAGCUGGUCCAGUUACUACGGCAACCACCGCGAGGCCAAGUCCUUUCCCAAGAGCGCCUCCCUGAAGCAGCGUUGCCGUGACUACGAUGAGAAAGGGUUCUGCGUGCGUGGUGACCUCUGCCCUUACGACCAUGGCAACGACCCCCUCAUCGUGGAUGACGUCUCCCUCCCUGCCAUGAUCCCGUUCCCCCCUCCUCCGGUGAUGCCCCCCACCCGCCUGCCCAUGCCUCCCAGGACGGAGCCCCCCCCCAACCUCAGGAUGCCCCCCCCUCACGGACAGCCCCCCCCUCCAGGCAUCUUCCCCAUGGCCGGACCCCCUCCCAUUCCUGUCAGUGGCUUAGACCCACCCAGCCAAUCAGGGAGCAGUUCCUCCUCUUCUCUUCUGGGGCCGCCUGGCGUGGGACCGCCCCCUCUUCCUCCUGCUCCUCCCUCCUCCUCCUCUGUCACUCCUCUGCACCCCCAGUACUCCCAGUCGGAAUAUAAGUACGACCCUGAGGGCUACAACCCCGAGUCUCCAGGCUUGACAGCGGGGCCAGGCCGGCCUCAGUACCGCCACUUCAUCCCCCGGGUCCAGAGCCAGCGCUCCAACCUCAUAGGACUCACCUCCGGAGAGGGACAGGGCUCCAGAGCGGCUAACAUAGUGAUCCAGACAGAGCCGGCGGUCGCAUGUGUCCCCAGCAGCGUGCCUCGCUACGCAGAGCAGGACAGCAGGAAGAGGCCACUGACCGCCACCGAGGGCCCUCCGCCCAAGAAGCCCUGGAUGGACAAGCCCAACUUCAACAGCCAGCAUAAGCCCAGCUUCCCCAAGAAGAACCACUACAUGAACACCAAGCUGGAGGUGAGAAAGGUUCCCCGGGACCUGAACAACAUCACCAAACUCAACGAGCACUUCAGCCGGUUCGGCACCAUUGUCAACAUCCAGGUGGUGUUUGAAGGGGAUCCCGAGGCAGCUCUGAUCCAGUACACGGUCAAUGAGGAGGCGCGGCGGGCCAUCUCCAGCACGGAGGCCGUGCUCAACAACCGCUUCAUCCGGGUGUACUGGCACCACGAGCCCAGCGGACCGACGGAUCAGGGCCAGGGGCCCAACAUGGGCCCACAGCACUCGAGCCAUCACAAGGUGAUAAAGCAGCACAGUCCAGGAGCAUACGUUCUGAACAAGACUCUCCCUAAACACGUACCGGCCAACCCCAAGAUGGACCCCCUCCACCCUCCCAUCACCCCCCUGGCUGCUGUGUCUGUGAGCCAGAAGGGUCUGUAUGUGGCGUCCCUGCACAAGACCAGCUCUAAGACCCUGGGCAAGACUGCCAAGGCUCUGGAGGCCCAGGAGGUCCUCAAGAAGAAGCAGGAGACUCUGAAGCUGCAGCAGGACAUGAGGAAGAAGAAGCAGGAGAUGCUGGAGAAACAGAUAGAGUGGCAGAAGGCUCUGAUCAGUCGACUGGAGAGGAACAGGAGGAUGAAGCCCGAGGAGAGAGCUAACAUCAUGAAGACUUUAAAAGAUUUGACGGAGAAGAUCUCUCAGCUGCAGAACGAGAUGACCCCAGCCUCCCAGCCCUCGUCCUCCUCUGCCCCCACCCCCACCCCCGCCUCUGUUGUUACUGUUCCGCCUGGACAGCCCAAGACCAAGACUGAUGCCCAGAAGGAGCUGCUGGAUGCAGAGCUGGACUUCCAUAAGAAGCUGAGCUCAGGAGAGGACACAAGCGACCUGAAAAGGAGGCUGGGGCUGCUGCAGGUGGAGGCCACAAGGUUGGGUCUAAUUCCGCCAGGGCGGGGCAAGGGGCUUGUGCCUCGGGGGCGUGGUAGAGGUCGUGGGCGGGGCCGGGGAAGGGGCGGGGCCAACCACAUGGUGGUGGACCAUCGUCCCAGGGCCCUGGCUAUCCUGGGGCUGACACAGGAGGAAAAGGAGGAAGUCAAAGCCCACUUCCUGAAAUUUGGCGAGGUGGAGGAUCUGAGAGACCACGACACCACCAGUGUUGUCAUGACGUUCAAGACCAGGAGCGAAGCAGAGAAUGCGGCAAACCAGGGGGCAAAGUUCAAAGGUCGCGUGCUACAGAUUUCCUGGUUCAAGCCCAAGACGCCCUCCGCAUCCACUGAGCCAGAGGAGGAGGAGUCUAAGGAGGAAGUCAACACGGAGGAAGUGAGCCCCUACCUGUUGGUGGAAGAGGAGGAGGAAGACGAGGAUGAGGAUGACGAGUACGAGAGUCGCUCCUGGAGACGAUGAAGACGCAUUGUCUCCCUCUCCCUCCUGUGAAGGACAGUUGGUUUUCUACGAGGCAGAUUUAUUUUGAUUAAUUAACUUUUCAUUUGUCUCCCAAGAUCAGUUUUCAGUAUUUUGAGACUGAGGAAUUAAGGACUCUAAUAUGAGAAUGCAAAGUCUAUACUUUUAUUAUUAUUAAUAAUAAUUAUUAUUAUAAUGUGUGUGUGAACACGCAUGAGACUAGAAGACUGUUUUGUAUCUCUUUAAAAAUCAGAAUAAUUAUUCAAAUCUCACUUUUGCUGAGAUCUUUCUCCAGAGUGCUAUCCCGGGCAGUCGUGUUUGUAUGGUGGGUGUCAUUGAGGUCACUAGACUUUAUCAGUAAUGCACAACAUUUGUGACUACUGUGAAUAGGUAUUUUUAUACAUAUUUAAAAAGAUUUCUUUCCCCAUCCCCUAUUGGUUUGGUGAAUUUGGUCUGUAUAAUUGGGGGGUUUGUGAUUCUUGUACGGAAUUUUCGCAUGUGGGUUCUGAUCCAUAGGCUUGCUCCAGAGAACAACAUUUACAAAAUGGCUGCUUCAGCAGUCGCUGUUGGCCUGCCUCUCACUAAAGUAAUGAGAUAGAAACUCAUGUUGAAUUCAGACGUGUUUGGACCUACCAUACUUCUCAUUCUUGGCAGUAUUUUGUUUGUCAACUAAAGGUGUGGUGCCAGGUUAUGUACUUGAUGAUGGAGCAGUUUUAGGGGAGUGUGUAUCAGUUUAUUGGAUUUUUUUACGCAAGUCAAGCCCCCCCACCACGAGGACAUCUGAGACCCAAGACAUCUUUGGGACAAGGAUUUGGAGGUCAUCAGUAGUUGUCAUGUUGGGAACUUGGGAGACUGGACAACGCUGUUUGAAUGUAAACAGUUUUGUUUGAUGUCAUUUUGUUUUUUUGCCUUACAUAAUCAGCAGAAGGUUGUAUUUUUACAAAAGGUUUGUGAUUUUCAUUUGUAAAUUUUGUAAAUGUUUGAUAUAGAAAAUUACUAUGUGGAUACAUCACUUUUUAUUUUGUUUAAUUUGAACUCAUUGGAGUGCAUGUUAAAACUGUCAGGCGAAGAGAGAGAGGUACCCUAUAGCUUUCAAAUUAGUGUUUUGUAAUCUGCUUAUUUUCAAAGUAGGUGUGUUUAACCAACCCUUAAGACGUCGUUUCUCAGUGCAAGCAGCACGUUUCCACGCUGCUCCGUCCCAGUAGAGCAGCUGUGCUCUCACUAACCAACCCUGAGUCCAACCGCACAGUUUCACCUUGGGAGAUUCUCACUUGGGCUGUGGUCUCAACUGCUUCUGUGGGUACAACAGGUUCACGUAACAGAGAGAGACCUUGUGAGAUGUAGGUAGGAAUGUCCUCCAGAGUAUCAUCAAUUGGUGAACGUGUAUACUUGACAAGAGUGGGGGGGUCUUAUUUUGUAUUAUUAGUCUGUAAAAUACUGUAUUUGAACUUUGACAGUGAGGGAGGAAGGGAAUGGCCUUCAUGCCAACACUGACACCCCUGCUGUUAUUAUUAUUAUAAGAGUCUCACACACAGUUGGUAACAUCUCAAGAUUAGAGCAGUCUACUGUAGUCUGGAUUGAGAAUUUCCCCAAAUUGGUGGUAAAGAACCCCCCCACCCCUUGCCUGUCAUGAUCUCUUCUGGUUGUCCCUCAUGUCUCACAGAACUCGAGAGCUUCUCUGUUAUUGGAUGGCUUCGGUACUCAACUGACCAAUGGUCACAGGAAUUUCCCUCUAACAUAUUAAACCUUGUGUAACUACUACUGUGACACCAUGGUAGUAAAAUGUAAAAGAUUUAUUGGAUAGACAUUUUUGGAUUUGUUACUGUUUAUAUUUGCAGGAUGUGGAUGUAUUUUUUGAUUUAUUCUGUUUGUAAAAUGGAUUUCUAACUCACUAGCAUGUCUGCUUUUAUCAAUAAAGACAGAGGAAUGGGGUUGUUUACAGGAGUAAAAGAGAAAAACAAACAAAUGAUAUUCAACUAUUUUAAUUUGGCAAAAAAGGAAAAAAAAACUAUUUAAAAAAUAUUACAUUUGACCAAAAGAAAAAAGUAUUUGAAUUUCAAACUUUGGGGAAGAAAAAGAGAAA